AUGUCGCGAUUUAUUAUCAUUUUAUUAAUUGUCUUUUGCGGCGGAACUACGGCCUUAAAAGAGUGUAUCGGAAAAUGUCCCCUCCAAACACCGAUAAACAGUUCAAUAAUAUUUUUGGCUCACAUCAACUGCUCAAAAUACUGCGUGUGCGAUCACGGCCGACCUAUUGAAAUGCCUUGUCCAGCAAAUUUGCAUUUUUCAUUGGAAUUCAACACCUGUGCAGACCCCGAGCAAGCUAAUUGCACGGACCUAACAUCAACUCCAAUUACUUCUCAAGUGACUCAAGAUCCAGAAAAUCCUCCAAAAAUGCAGUCAAAAAAAUUGUAUCUUAAUUCAAGACCAGGAAUUCGCUAUAAUACCUACUGCGCCAACCAAUUAACCGACUGCCAUGACAAGGCUCUGAAUUGCAUCGGAGAUUGUCCUAGUAAUGAGCUGCCCCAAAUUCACCUGCUUGCUCACGAAGAUUGUACCAAAUUUUGCCGAUGCAACGACACAGUACCAUGGACCAAAGAUUGUCCGGAAGGUUUUCACUUUAGUCUUGAAGAUGGAAUGUGCUUAGAGCCAGAAGAGGCUCAAUGUGACCGCGUUAACGGAAUUAUUUCAACGCUCGGGCCUCCUAAUGUGUCUAAUGAAUGUGCGAGUGAGUGUCCUGUUUAUAGUAAUCCAGAUUUAAUUGUUCUAGUGGCUCAUGAACUUUGUGAUAAAUAUUGCCACUGUAAAAAUGGUAUUGCUGAGGUUAAAAAUUGUCCAUUGCAUUUGCAGUUCAGUUUACCGCAUGGAACAUGUGUUGAUCCUAAUCAAGCUCAAUGUUUUAAUAAUAAUGGUACUGUAACACCUCCAACACCUAAACCUUCAACACCUCCAACACCUAAACCUACAACACCUCCAACACCUCCAACACCUAAACCUACAACACCUAAACCUCCAACACCUCCAACAGCAAUUCCCCCAGAAAAACCAGAUAAUUCAGGUUGCAUUGGUACAUGCCCUUUAAAUAAUAAUCCAGUGCAUACAUCUCAAUUGCCGCAUAUUAAUUGUACCAAAUUUUGUAAGUGCGAUUGGGGUAAACCUACUGUUAUGCUUUGUCCUCACUCUCUUCACUACAAUCCAAUUAUUGAAGUUUGUGAUUACCCUGAGUCAGCAGGAUGCACGGGAAAUCAAAAAGACCUUCCAAAAAUUGAAUUCACCAGAAAUUACAGAAAACAAAAUGCUUCUACAGCAGACUGCGUAAAACCAUGCCCGUUAACGAAUCCUCAGAAUGAAACCGUGCACGUGGCUCACAAGGACUGCACCAAAUUUUGCAAAUGCUCUUUUGGAAACGCCUGGGUGAUGGACUGCCCGAAAGAUUUGUACUUCAACCCCAAAGAGCAGGUCUGCGACUUUAAAUUCAACGUUCACUGCGACGAAAGUGGACCAUGGGUGGAAGAAAUUAAUGGAAACGAUAUUGAUCAAUCGCAAACCAAUAACUCAAUUUUAUACAAAUUCAAACACUUGUUUGGUCAUUAG